AAUCUAUGCAGCGCAAAAUUGACAGUUUAGUUGUUGCGUAGGAGGGCUAUGAUAAAAAUCAUAUAUGUGUGCUGCGGUUUAACGCGACAGUGUGUAUCCCGAACGUAACGCAACAGUGUGUAUCCAGAACGUAACGCGACAGUGUGUAUCCCAAACGUAACGCGACAAUGUUUUUCCUGAACGUUACUCGAAAAGUACCUAACAGUCAGGCUAAGCGCGAGUCUUUAUUUGUAUCUUUAGCAAUUUAGUAACGCAAACACUCUCUCACUUACACAAAAGAGCUGCCAUUUAAAAAUCCAGACGGAUAAAUUGAAUUUACUUUCUUCUGGAACUAAUGCUAAACGUUUUGAAAUGAAAUUUUACCCGGUUUAUUUGCGUUUGACUAAGAAGACGAUGGCAGCUUCAAAAUUCUACGCAAAUGACUUCCUAAAAAAAUUAAUGUCGCUUUUCCCUUUCUUUUCGCAGUGUAGAGAAAUCCGUGAGGGGUCCUUGAGAAAUAAACUUUUUCUUUAGGUAAAAAUGGUUUCAUAAAAAUUCGUUUCUACAUUAAACAUACCGCAAUACCCUUCAAAGCCACGCGCUACACCAAUUUUAAUCGAACGGAACAAACAAUCGUCCCUUAUCAUGUUUUAGGGAACUGAACAUCUUUUAACUACACUUGCCACCAAUGUAAACAGAAGUAUUUAAAAUUAAUCACAUUUUUCCUUGUUUUAAAACCAUAUGGUAAUGCAAACGCUACGUGGUAAAUUAAAUUUUUUGGGAAUAAAAUUAAGAUUUAAUGUUAUGUGGCCUCGGAUCCAUCCAUUACCCUUCUUUCAUGCGGUAAUAUUUUGUGAAUAGACAUAUUGCAUUAACACCUUCAUUCAAUUCAAUUUAGAUCCCAAGGAAACAUUUUGUAAUUACCGCAGAGCAUUUAUUACCUUGCAUCUCAAUAUUGAUCGAAUGUCUUUUAGCCGGAAAACAAUGGAAACUCAAUAAUUCAGUCUAAAUAGACCUGCUGUUGAGACCCCUUGUGUUUUGACCGACUGUACAUUAAAUAUCAUUUUUAAGAAUUAGGUCUUUGAAAACGAUGUAUGCACCUUGAAAGAAUUAUCAUUCAUACAUAUUGAAAGAAUUAUCAUUCAUACAGAUUGAUCUCGCAACGGCAAUAAAUGCGGAAAACGGGUGCAAACAUAAUUUAUUUCCUUUUUCUCAGGAAGCUCUCAAAAAGAUAAAAGCUUGAAGGCGUAUUUGACUCACAGCUUCCUCCAUCACCUCCAAGGGUUAAUUGUGCUCUCACUUGAGCCCUGCAACUGAGGAAGCAAAUGACAAAAGAUUUCUUGAUCUGAGUUGAAGCGAGUCAUUCAUAACGGAAACGCGAUAAAAAACCCGAUCGUAACAACUUUCAUCAGGUAAUAGAGCAAGGCUAGAAGUGCCGGUUCAUCUUUUCACGGUAUUCAAGAAACGAAUAAGCUAAAGAGGCCCCGCUGAUGACUUCUUAAAAAAAAAGAAACAGCUACAUCAAUUAACUAGUGGGCAAGUUCUUACGAUGAGAAGUCUGAGAAAAAAGAAAUUUUUUUUCCUAAACAAAGCUGACUCAACCACGACUUAAGCCUUGAUUGUGGCGACCGGUUAGUUUGCAAACAAAGCUGACUCGACAAAGAGACCACGAGAAAAACCUUAAUUGCGGCGAUCAGUUCGUCUUCAAACUGCGUACGAAGGAAAACAUUUUGUGAGAACACAAGAAUAGAUAAGGAAAAAAUUCAUAGUAAACUACCCUGACUCAACCACGAGAAAAUCCUUCAAUGUGACGACUGAUACGUUGGAAGUCUGCUCUCGAAAGAGGGAAAAAUCGAUCGAAAGAAAACCAGCUUCAUGGCAAAUGAUACUUCAAUACAAUGUUCGUUCCUGAUAUACCACAAGAUAGAAAAAACGGAUUCUUUGACAACCGUAUCAGUUGUAGCGUCUGUCUGGAAUGGAAUGCUAUUUCCAGUCGCGUUGGCUGCCAACGGCCUCGUCUGCACAGCGAUACUGAAACAUCGUGAAUUGCGCGUAAGGGCUUCUAACACUCUUCUCUUGCUUCUAUCCAUGAGCGAUUUCUUUGUUGCCUUCGCCGUUCAACCACUGUACACCCUUCGGCGAUUUUUAGAGCUAAAAGAACGCUACAUCUGCUGGGUGAUGCUUAGUUACAGAGUAUUAUGGCAUCUUUCGAUAGGGACAUCUUUUAUUAUUCUCUUUGUCAUCGCGUGUGAACGAUACAUCGCCCUGUUUUACACCUUCAAGUACAAACAAAUCAUCACAGUUCCUCGACUUGUGAUCUUCACAGGGGUCUUCGUUGCAUCGUGGACCAUCUUUGUGAUCUCACGAUUUUUCGGUCUCAGUACAGCGCAGUAUUACACAGCAGCCAUUUCUUUUAUUGUCACUUACGUCACUUUUAUCAUUUUUGUGUACAUUCGCAUCUUUAGGCUGGCUCGUCGUCAUCAUUUCCAAAUAAGCAGCACGUUGACGGCACAAUCUUCAACAACCGCAAGAGAGAGCAAAAUAACAAAGACAACUGCUUACAUCGUGGGAGCUGUAUUAACAUGUUACUCUCCGCUGCUGAUGUCUCUGGUAGCUGUCAAGUUCUUCGAUGACAAAAUAUUUCAUUAUUACGUUUUCCCAGUCACUGAUUGCUUCGUGUUCUGUAACUCCGCUCUUAAUCCGCUGAUAUAUUGCUGGCGAAAUAGCGACCUAAGGCAAUGCAUUCGAAUGCUGCUGCAAUUUUGUGAGAGAAAAGAAACGAAUUCACCGCUUUGUUCUUUAAGACACAAAGUGACCGCGAUUCCUUCAUCAAACACUUGAUUAUA